UUUGGUUUACCUUUUUUUCUUUAAAUAUAUUUAAAAAUAGAUUCAACUUCCUUAAAAAAGUUAGAGAAAGGGGGAAAAGGUCCCAACUUUCACGAUCAUUGGUCGUAGCGUUGGCACUACGAAAUUAGUAAAGUAUAAACGUCACUCUCCAUUGUUGAAGUUGCCGCGACUUCCAAAUCCUAACUGCACCCAAUCGAACACCUCUUUUUUCGGUUCUGUGUGUUAGAAUUCAGCCUCAAAUUUAUGCACAUGAGGUGUUCGACAGUUUGCCAAUCUGUAGCAAGCUGCAUGAAUAUACCAAAUAGUACUACUGGAAGUCCUUAUCUUCUGCCAAAACCUGUUAAAUUCUCUAACGGUGGAUUGGUGUUACGCUCGCCUAGUUCGUAUGUUCAUGUAAAUGGGUUCUCUUGCCGCUGCGCCACUACGUCGGUGCCACCUGGCGAAGAUGUGUUCUCAGUUGUUACUUCUAAAACAAAGUCUGAAGUGGAUUACCUUGGUCAAAGCACCAAAGGCGAUUUGAACCUCAAUUUUGGUACUACUCCAUACAUCUCUCCAAGAAUUGAUGGCCAGGCACUACAAGGCCCUAUUGAGGAGGUGGCAAAAAUGGAAGCUCAAGAAGCAGAGAACCUGCUUCAACACUUGGGCAUUCCG